GACCUUCCUGCGCGCAGCACAGACGCACCGCUUUUACAGACAUCAUGGACAUCCACUCUAUGCGCGGACAAAUGGAUUAUAAUUCUGUUCUCAUGGAGCCCAAGCAUGGGAAAAUGCUGCCCGGACAGGAGGAGCGGCUGGACAGCGGUGUGGAUUCGAUGCAGGACGACGAGAUUUUGAAGGAGUUUGAAGACAUGAGCGUGAGCGCUGGGGAGGAGCGCACGGAGGAGUACGAGCGCUGGAGGGAAGCGGUGACCGAGGACGGAGACACGCUGCUCCACUUGGCUAUUAUUCAUGAAGCUACAGAACAAGCCCUUCACAUGAUCCAGCUAUCCAGAAAUCACUCUUAUCUCAACAAACAGAACCAUCAAAGACAGACUUCCCUCCACCUGGCUGUGAUCACUGAGCAGCCCCAGGUAGUGGACAGGCUCCUGAAGGCCGGCGCUGACCCGCUGCUGGCCGACAACAGCGGCAACACAGCGCUCCAUAUUGCCUGCAAAAGAGGCUCCCUGGCCUGCUUUGGGGUCAUCACUCAGAACUGCCAGCGCCACCUCACCUCCAUCCUGUCCAUCCCCAACUACAGUGGACACAACUGUCUCCACUUGGCAUCCAUUAAUGGUUACAUUUCACUUGUGGAAAGCCUUGUUCAGCUGGGAGCAAACAUCAAUGCACAGGAACCCUGCAGCGGACGGACGGCGCUCCACCUAGCCGUUGAUCUCCAGAACCCAAACCUGGUUCGCUGCCUCCUCGAGCUUGGCGCUGAGGUCAACUGCCAGAACUACGGAGGCUUCACGCCGUACCACCUCACAUACGGGCGCCAGAACGACGAGAUCCGCUGCCAGCUGUAUGAGCGGACGGCGUUUGAGCUCAGAGAGCUGCCCGACAGCGAGUCGGACGACAGCGACAUGGAAGAGCUGCUGGAGGACGAGGUCUACGAUGACAUAAAGUUUGGGAAGUAGACAAAGCGGUUCACUGCUGGUGUGAACAUCAAGCGAAUGGGUUUGCUGAAGAACGGCUCCCAAGGGGGUAAAGAAGCAGGUCAUGAACACCCCCCACCACCACGGUUGGCCGACGGUUCGAGCCCGCAGGUGCUGGCCCCGGGACUGCAAACAGGAAUGAAGAUGGUGUCCAGUGAAGAAUACUGGAAAACCACAGCGGCGACACUUCCACCUGUGCCACAAUUGUUUAAAAAUAUAAAUAUAUAUAUAUAUUAUUGUGUAAAUACAAGAUUUGUAACAUAUUGUAAAUACAGAGAUCCUAUUUUUGUACUGAGUGUGAAUUUAAACACUAUUAUGACAAAGUCAAAAAAUAAA